UUAAGUGACUGUGGACAGUAGCAGACCACUAUCGGGCUAGAUAGGUUUUGGCGGUCAUCCGAUAUGGCGUCUCGUAUGAUGGCAGCGUUCAAACUUUUAACGGUGGGCGUGGUCAUAGGGAUGGCACUCGCCGACCAAUCGAGUCGGAGCCUCGAGCAAAUCGAGGACGGGGAUGGACAGAGAGAGAUAGCUACCCCCGAGGUGGUGUUACAACUGAAGUAUGAUAGAGGGGAACUGAAUAGGAUAUAUCUGGCUCAGUUCCGAAAAGGGAACGGGGUCUGGACGCCGUCAGUGAGCGCCCGGAACAACCUUUGUGCGGACCUGUGUCACGCAGGGCUGGGAGGCUCCGCCUGCGGCCCGACCUGCCAAGACCUGAUGCCGGUAGGCCUGCAGACGGCCCUGAGCGGCGCCAACGAAACGGAGGCCACGUACGGGGAGCCCCGGGUCGAGGUGUGCCCUGCCCUGUGUGACAACAUGCUAGGUUAG